AUGGAAGACGAAAGCGGCAUAAGAGACUUGAAACGACUCGAGACGGAGGAAACUGAGCUAGUUCAAAGAUUCCAGGAUGCUGAGCGAAGACAAAUACCAGCCAAUGAGAUGGACUUUGAUAAGUACACGCGAAGUUCGCUCUCUCUUCAUAUUGACAGUACCGGGGCUCAAUUGACAAUGCGGGAAGCGAUCAGCCAUUUGUAUAACUUUUGCUCUAAGUUACCCGCUCAGCCGUAUGUCAGCAACAAGCCCCUGUUCACUUUUGAGCCCAAUGAUUGCGGCCGAGUCAAGGCAGUGGUCAGAUUGCCUAGCAAUCUCGACCCUACCCUACAGACAUUUGCUAGUUCAAGAAGUUGGUCAAGAGCAAAGUACGCAAGGGAGGACGCAGCACUGAAAGCGUACGAAGCUCUUUUCCGGGCUGGUCUUGUCAAUGAUCACCUACUUCCGACUCAGGUCUCAGACAUUUUAGAUAGAAAUCUUUUGCCUCGGUCUCACUACAGUAUUCAAAAACAGCUGGAUCCUUGGCACGACAUUGCUCAUCUAUGGAACCUUGACAGUCAGCUGUAUUCUCAUAAGCUGCGGAUAAUAAGGCCAGAAGAGGAUGAAAUCAAUCUACAUAUGAUCCUUCCCACUCGGCUUGACACAACAAUUCGCAUUCCCUUGUUUAUUGAUUGUUGCACGACAUAUACGGCCAUUCUCACGCCAGGGCAUCCAAUCACUACAGAUGUUGCACUUUGCCAGCAGGUGACAAACCUGAUCUUCCAAUCGGUAUACCGAGACCGGUGUUCUAGCGAAAAUAUGGACUACGUGUUUCUUCUUGUCCCAGAACCUGAAGAGAAGACGAUAAUAGACUUUCUCGAGAGGUAUUCGGGGACAGUCAGCUUGACCAAGCUUCUGGCAAAGCAUGUUACGCCGAGUGCUCAUGGACUGCUACGCAAUACUACGAAACCCUGUCGACCACUUGUAAUAGAGUCGUGGGUAGAAGGAGAGUACUUCGUAUCCGAUGACCCCCAGUCCACUUUGUCCGUCGAAGCCAAGAUCAAGCAUAUGACCAGACGUCGAAACUUCCUCCAUAAAGGAAAUAUGGCUGCUAAGAAAUCAAAGAAAGCCGAACCAAAGUUUGACCUUAAAGCCAAUGUCAAGGUCAUGUCUGUGCGAGAUUUCUCGGUUGACAAGCUCCCUUCUAUGUUUGCCCUGGCCGCUCUUCUUACACCAAGCAUAUCUCAUGAGGUGGGGGUAUAUCUGACAGCGCAAAAAUUACGACACCGAUUAUUUCUAGGUUCGGCGACGAACUUUCAACGGAUUGAUUUACUAGCCAUUGCUAUCAGGCCUACGAGUAUUGAGCAUCAGGCCAAGUUCCGCUCAAUGGCCUUUAUUGGUGAUGCAAUUAUCAAGUAUCUCCUAGCAAUGCAACUGUUUUUGCACCAUCAUUUGUGGCAUGAAGGUCUUUUGUCAUUGCUAAAGCAGAAGAUUCUGUCUGAUGCAGGGCUUGCACAUGCUGCAUAUCAAUCUGGGCUGGGAGAAUUCCUCAUAACCAAUCAGCUCAACGGGAAACGAUGGAUGCCGUCAUUCGUGUCAGGGUUAGAACCCGUCAGCAAUGGAGCCAAGCAGCGACAUAUCGGUGCGGCUACACUGGCGGAUAUGACCAAAGCACUUGUUGGGGCUGCCUUCUUAGAUAGUGGAAUGGACCAGGCUGCUACAUGCAUAUCAGUGACGGUUCCCAAAGUCAAGUCCUGGAAUGCGUCAUCUUUACAUGAUGGUACUUAUUCAAGGACGAGACCGACCAAUGCAGUCGCUCCAACAGCAGUGAUCGACAUGGAACAACUUCUUGGAUACAGUUUUACCGACAAAAGCCUGGCUGUGGAAAGCAUGACGCAUCCUUCUUGCACUGGUCUCUCUGAAACAACAUCAUAUCGGCGGCUCUCAUUUCUCGGAGCCAGCGUGCUAGAGUGGGUUGUCGUGAGCUACCUGCAUCGACGGGAUGAACUGAUGAAUCCAAAAAGGAUGCAGUCCUUGAAAUCGGCGUUCACCAACAACACAUUUUUGACCUUCGUAGCAAUCACAUUCCAUCAAGAAAGGGAGCAAAAUCAUGUUUAUGUUGAUGAUGAGAACAAGGCUCAUGUAACCGUGAGGACAUGUUCAGUCAGGCUCUGGGAUUUUCUGCGCUCGCAUAGCGAUGCAUUGCCUACCAAAUUAUCAGCCUUUGUCCAAAAUGCGUCCGAGCAGGUAAAUGCUAUCAAGCAUGGACUAUUGGAGCAGCGAUUAUACCCAUGGGUGCGGCUGAGCGCGCUUGGGGACAUGCAAGUGUUGUCUGAUACCAUUCAGAGCAUUUUUGGUGCUGUCUAUAUCGAUUCCCAAGCAACCCUAGCGUCCUGUGAGGCCCUGGCAGAGAAACUCGGAAUCCUGCCGCUUUUGGAGCAUUUCAUCUCCCAUGGAAUUACGACAGACCACCCAAAAGACACUCUACAGGCCAUUCUUUCGGGACGCAAAAUUUCUUAUCGAAUCUGCGUUGACGAAGAAAAGUCCACGACACUGCGUUGUUGUGUUCUGGCUGAUUGCUGUGAAAUUACCUCGGUAGAAGGCCAAACAAAUCCUGUCGCAAUCACAGCGCAGGCAGCUGAAACGGCUGUCCGUCUCCUGCGCAAGGGGUUGGCUACCUCCGAGACAUCGUAG